CUGCGCCUCGACACACAGAGAGGAGGACACACUCCGCGGGGGAAGCUGCACAUCAUCGCCGGGCGGUUCUCCGGAGAUCUCUCCCCGUUGUACGCCUAGGUUAACGGUGUCGCCCCUGGGAUGAAUCCGCCGAGGGACGUAGCUCGGAGGCUGGCUGGUGUUCGGGGAUGUUAUGUCGCUAAGAUGGAGGGACGGAGCUGAACAGAGACCUUGCUUCUCCCCUGCCGCUGCUCCCCUUCACUCUGCCUGGGAAAUUAGCUUCGCUAGCCCGGCGCUCUGUUUUCCACCUCGCAGAUAGCAAACGUUUGUUCAGUCACAUCCACCAGCUGCUGAGAUAUUCCACCAGUUCACCCAUUCCCCAUCUCCUCCAGCCUCCACUGGUGUGAAUUAGCCGGGGACAUGAGCAGGAGAGGAGGAUAAGGAGGUCGGCUUCCUGCGGGAUUUUUGCACAGGCAUUUUCUUCUUGGUUUUUCUUCCCGUGGACAUGCCUUGUCUAUGGAGGAGGGAAGCUGAGCGGAGCUAGCUGGCCGACAAGCCCAGCUAGCGCAACCUUUCCUGGCUUUUUGGAUGAGUGUUCGGCUCCAGGGUUAGCUGAUUUAAUUUGGGAUCAGCCCCACCUGUCCCAUCCCCUUCCCGGGGCGAGGAGGCAGCAUGGGGGAGCCCAGCCUGGACGACGCCAAUGUCAAGGUGGCAGUUCGCGUACGGCCCUUCAACAGGAGAGAAAAGGAGCUGAACACUAAAUGUGUUGUGGAGAUGGUGAAGAACCAGACGAUCCUCCACCCUGGGGGAACCAACCUUGGCAAAGCAGACCCUAGGAAUCAGUCCAAGGUCUUUGCCUACGAUCACUGUUUCUGGUCCAUGGAUGAGACCGAGAAAGAGAAAUAUGCAGGUCAGGAGGUGGUGUUCCAGUGCCUUGGGGAGAGUCUUCUCAACAAUGCCUUCCAGGGCUACAAUGCCUGUAUAUUUGCCUAUGGACAAACUGGCUCGGGAAAGUCGUACACAAUGAUGGGUUCAGUGGACCAGCCUGGUCUGAUUCCGCGCCUGUGCAGUGCUUUGUUUGACCGAACCCAGAAGGAACAGCGGGAGCAGGAGAGCUUCACUGUUGAGGUUUCCUACAUGGAGAUCUACAACGAGAAGGUCCGGGAUCUGCUUGACCCCAAAGGGGGUCGACAAACUCUGAGGGUGAGGGAGCAUAAAGUGUUGGGUCCUUAUGUGGAUGGCCUAUCUCGACUAGCCGUGGCUUGCUACAAGGACAUUGAGUCUCUAAUGUCAGAGGGGAAUAAGUCUCGGACGGUCGCUGCAACCAACAUGAAUGAGGAGAGCAGUCGAUCGCACGCUGUCUUCAACAUCAUCCUCACACACACACUCACGGACUUGAAGUCUGGGACGAGUGGUGAAAAGGUCAGUCGGUUGAGUCUGGUAGAUUUGGCUGGGAGUGAGCGAGCAGCAAAAACCGGAGCUGCAGGAGAACGACUGAAAGAAGGAAGCAACAUCAACAAGUCUCUGACGACUCUCGGCCUGGUGAUCUCUGCGCUGGCUGAACAGGGGACUGCCAAAAACAAGACCAAGUUUGUCCCUUACAGAGACUCUGUUCUGACAUGGCUGCUAAAGGACUGUCUAGGGGGCAACAGUCGCACAGCGAUGGUUGCAACCGUGAGUCCUUCAGCAGACAAUUAUGAGGAGACGCUGUCGACGCUGCGUUACGCAGACCGAGCUAAGAGCAUAGUCAACCAUGCUGUCGUUAAUGAAGACCCCAACGCUCGUAUCAUCAGGGAGCUCAGAGAGGAAGUAGAGAAACUGCGAGUGCAGCUCACUCAGGCAGAGUCUUUAAAAGCUCCUGACCUGAAGGAGCGCCUGGAAGAGUCUGAGAAGUUGAUUCAAGAGAUGACCAUCACCUGGGAGCAAAAGCUUCGCAAAACUGAGGAGGUUGCACAGGAGCGUCAGAAGCAGUUGGAGAGUCUGGGUAUUUCUCUCCAGUCAUCAGGGAUUAAAGUCGGAGAUGACAAGAGCUUUCUCGUCAACCUUAAUGCUGAUCCUGCUCUUAAUGAACUGUUGGUGUACUACCUGAAGGAACACACCAAAGUGGGUUCCGCAGACUCUCAGGACAUCCAGCUGUGUGGGAUGGGUAUCCAGGGAGAACACUGCAUCAUCGACAUUACGCCAGACACUGCUGUUGUCCUCACCCCUUAUCGCAACGCUCGGACAUGUGUUAAUGGUUCUCCAGUAACCAGUGCUCUGCAGCUUCACCAUGGAGACCGAAUCUUCUGGGGAAACAAUCACUUCUUUAGGAUCAACCUGCCUAAGCGACGUUCCCGUGGAAUGGAGGAAGAGUAUGGUGAGGGUGGAGUCAUGAAGAGCAGUGGCAGCAGUGAGCAGCUGGAUGCAGAUGGUGACUCAGCCAGCGAAGUGUCCAGUGAGGUCAGCUUCUCCUACGAGUUCGCCCAAACAGAGGUCAUGAUGAAAGCCCUGGGCAAUAAUGACCCCAUGCAGGCCGUCCUCCAGUCUCUGGAGAGGCAGCAUGAGGAGGAGAAGCGCUCUGCUCUGGAGCGGCAGAGUCAGAUGUACGAGCAGGAACUCCAGCAGCUCCGCAAGAAGCUGAACCCGGACCGUCUGUCCACAGGUCAGUCUGGAGCGCCGACGCCCGGCCAGCAAGUUCCAGGACAACAGUCACACUACCGCAGUCUGGAGAGACUCAGCAUGGGAGGGAUGAGCCAUUCCACCAGCGCUCAGAGCAGACUGAAGCAGUGGAACGAGGACAGAGAGGCAGUGUUGGUGAGAAGUCUGAGAAGGUUGAGGGAACAGAUCGUGAGGGCAAACCUCCUGGUGCAAGAAGCCUGUUUUAUCUCCGACGAGCUGGAGCGACACACUGAGUACAGAGUCACUCUGCAGAUCCCCUCAGACAACCUCAACGCAAACCGCAAGAGGGAUGCUGUGCUCAGUGAACCAGCGAUUCAAGUCCGACGACGUUGUCGAGGGAAACAGAUCUGGAGCUUGGAGAAGAUGGAGAACCGACUGGUGGACAUGAGAGAGCUGUACCAGGAGUGGCAGGACUACCACCAAAAUCACCAAGACAACCCAAUGAUGCGCUCAUAUUUCCGUCGGGCUGACCCGUUCUUUGACGAGCAGGAGAACCACAGUCUGAUCGGCGUGGCCAAUGUCUUCCUGUCCUGUCUUUUCUACGAUGUCAAGCUGCAGUACGCCAUUCCCAUCAUCAACCAGAAGGGAGAGGUGGCAGGGCGUCUCCAUGUGGAGGUGGUGCGGGUUGGAGGCGGCUUAGAGGACAACAUAGCUGGAGGAGACGAACCAGAAAACAACCAAGACAACGAGAUCCAGGAUCGCAAAUUUAUAUGCAUGAUUAAGAUCCUGCAGGCCACUGGUCUUCCCCAGUACCUCUCCAACUUCGUCUUCUGUCAGUACUCCUUCUGGGACCAGUCUGAGCCAAUCAUCGUGGCUCCUGAAGUCGACCCAUCAUCCUCAUCACCCACCUCCAAGGACCCACACUGCAUGGUGGUGUUUGACAGCUGCAAGGAACUGGCAGUGUCAGUGACUGAGGAUUUCAUCGAGUACCUCACAGAAGGGGCGGUCGCCAUCGAGGUUUAUGGCCACAGGCAGGCAGAUGCAGGCAGGAACCCCGCCCUGUGGGACCUCAGCAUCAUCCAGGCCAAGACACGCACACUACGAGACAGAUGGAGUGAGGUAACACGUCGUCUGGAGCUGUGGAUUCAAAUCCUGGAGAUAAACGAGAACGGAGAGUUUGUCCCAGUGGAGGUGGUUCCUGCUAGAGAUAUACGGACCGGGGGAAUCUUCCAGCUUCGGCAGGGUCAGUCCAGGCGGAUCCAGGUGGACGUGCGUUCAGUUCAGGACUCGGGCACCAUGCCUCUGAUUUCAGAGAUAGUGCUUGCGGUGUCAGUGGGCUGCGUUGAGAUCAGGAACACUGCAGCAAACCCGGAAGAAGAUGAGAUGGACAGUUAUCAGGAAAGAGAUCUGGAACGUUUGCGGGGGCAGUGGUUAGCCGCUCUCACCAAGAGACAGGAAUACCUCGACCAACACCUGCAAAGCCUGGUCAGCAAAUCAGAGAAGACAGAGGAUGACAUGGAGAGGGAGGCUCAGCUGCUGGAGUGGCGCUUGACUCUGACAGAGGAGAGAAACGCCGUCAUGGUGCCCUCUGCUGGCAGCGGCAUUCCUGGAGCGCCUGCUGAAUGGGUUCCUCUGCCAGGCAUGGAGACUCAUACUCCUGUCCUCUUCCUGAACCUCAAACCCGAUGACCUCAGCUCUCAGGACCAGUUUGAGGUUCCUGAGGCCGGAGGUUUGGAUGCGUCUCUGAGUGGAGAAGACGAGGAUGACUUCUUUGACCUGCAAAUUGUCAAACACUACGAUGCCGAGGUGAAAGCAGAAGCAUCAUGGGACUCCACCAUUCAUGAAUGUCCCCAGCUCAGUCGUGGUGGAGCGUGGCCCGAGCAGCGGGUAUACCUGACCAUCAGAGUAAUGGUUCAGCUCAGCCAUCCUGCCGACAUGCAGCUGGUGCUGAGGAAGAGAAUCUGUGUCAACGUCAAUCCCGGCCGCCAAGGCUUUGCCCACAACUUCCUCAGAAGGAUGUCCACCCGCAGCACCAUACCAGGCUGUGGGGUCACGUUUGAGGUGGUCUCCAACAUCCCCGGGGAUGCCCCUGGAUCAGAGGACAGGGAGAUGCUGGCCAACCUCGCCGCCAGCGCACACAACAGCCAGUCAGGAGAUGAAGAGGCUGCCAUCGAGAAAUACCUCCGAAGUGUCAUGAGUCUGGAGAACAUCCUGACUCUGGACAGACUAAGACAGGAGGUAGCAGUGAAGGAGCAACUGGCUGGCAGAGGCAGGAGCAACAGACGGAGCAUAAGUUCUCCAUCUGUCCACAGGCUGUCUGGAAGUAGACAAGAUUUAUCCACAACCUGCCUGCUGGAUGAUAAGGGUCGAUGGGAGAGUCAGCAGGACAUCUUCAUGCCUUCUCAGUUUCACCGCACCCUCCCCCGCCCAGCCUCCUCCCCGUCCACCUACUCCAGCUCCCUCUCUUCAUCCACUACUUCCUUCGCUACAACCCCGCCACAGAAUCAGGAACCAGAGCAAGGUCGCUUAGGACUUGCUGCCUCUUAUCUUUCAGUGAAGGCGCUGGUUCCUCAGAUGCCGAAACUGCUAAAGUCCCUGUUUCCUGCCCGAGAUGAAAAGAAGGAGCUGAGACCGUCGCCAAACAGCCAGCAGCAGCAUGUGCCUCGCAUUGUUACAUCACCCGGAGGGGACGACAACAGAGUCAAGACCGAGACGACCGUUAUUCUGCAGCCCCCAACCAAAGACAACCGGGCAGAGUUCCCAGAAGUCCCUCCUCUUCCUGUGCAUGACCCGCAUGACAUCACCCCCCUCAGCCAGUCGUCAAGCGGCUACUUCUCCACUAGCGUUUCUACGGUUACCCUGUCUGAUGUCCUCCAACCUUCCUCCUCGUCUUCCUCCCUCCUGGCGGCUGAGACCGUGUUACCCUCAAAUCCCCAGCAGCAGCAGCAGCAGGGGGCUGACGGGAGCGAUGUUGUGACCUCUCCUUCUCAGUGUGCCGCCAAGAUGGCCGCCAUCGCGCCACCCUCUUCAAACAGCUCAGCCAAUCACAACAACGUCAAGGCGGAAAACUCCUUCUCCAAACAGAAGUUGGUAAAUUCAGGAGGAGGAGGGGAAGGCUUCGAGCGGCUGGAAAUCUUAAUGGACGAUGAAGAGCGUAGCCGUGUGGACAUUCUGCCUGAUUGGCUGACGGACGGGUCGUAUGUCACAGUCGGAGGCAAUAAGGCGGGGACAGUGCGCUACAUGGGAGUGACGCAGUUUGCGGAGGGCGUUUGGGUGGGGGUGGAGCUGGAUACGCCUGUAGGUAAGAAUGACGGAUCAGUCGGAGGUCACCGGUACUUCCACUGUAAACCGGGUUACGGGGUGCUGGUUCGCCCAGACCGUCUGUCCUGUCGUGACCGGACCAGUCGGCAGACGGGAGAUUUUGCUCCUGCCGUCCAUGUCCCCAUUAUGCGAGGAGAAGCCAAUGUUGCACGGAGGGGGGAGAACCGCAAGUCCUGGAGCAGUUGAAACACAGAAGCAAGGAGCUUGAUGGGAGAAAUGAACUCCUUACAACCCUGCCCCACCUUCUCCUCCUGCUCCGGCUAUCAGCUAUGCAACAGGCUUACGCAUCAGAACUAACUUACUGCCAAUGCUCCUAUUGAAGGAAACAACACUCACAUCCAUUCACUGUUAAUGGGUGGAAAGAGACAAUUCAGAGUGAGUUGAUGAAAGACUAUGCAGUGUAAGCAGAAGUCUAUGAAAGGACAUCUUGGAACGUAAAUUUAAAUGAAUGGCGGUCAGUGGGACGACUGCUGAGAGUGAAUGGAAGCAGAUCUUCUCAUGUUUGGAGCGUCAGCCCUGUUGGAGGGAGUGGCCUCGACGCUGCAGACGCUCUGCUCUGUUUUCUCUGCUGAUAUACACGGAUGCAAACUACUCACAUUUAACUAUGUUUUAAAUCUGGGGCAGGUAAAAAAACAAACAAAUGCUGUCAACGAUCACAGUGGCAGCUGACUUCUGCUGCGUUUCCAGCCUGUGAUGUGUUUGCAUCCCUGGAUAUGAAGUGUAGACCUAAUGUCCCAGAAUACCCUGCUCCGGCUGCCACUUCCUUGAACCCUCUGGGUCCAGUUUGCAGACUGACUGACACUUUGACUCCUUUUCUUUUCUCGAAGAUGAGACUCUCCCAAAAUGUGCCUUCACCACGGCUUGUUUUGCAAUUUUUAUUUCUGUGUAUUUAAUUUCUGUUGGCUGUGUUUGUGUCGAGGAGAAAGCCUUGUGCUACGUGUGAGGUGAUCUCAGGGACUGUAGUGGGGAAAGGUUGAGGAUGGGCGGGCGUGUGUGUGUGUUUAUGUGUGUAUUUGUAAAUGUUGUACAGUGUUGACAUGUAUGCACAAGAUCAUGUUGUUGUAGUCGUGUUGAAGAUGAGAUGUGUAGAGCAGGAAAAGUGCAUCCUUGUUGGACAGAGCCACUAUGGGAGAGAGUUAGUUUUCUACUGGGAGGUUUUAAAAGUCGAUUUUGCACUUGAGAUGUUGGAUAAGAAGCUUCUGUACGUGAGGCGGCGAAAUGGAGGGGUAGGGGACAUGAUAUCAGACAGAGGCUGGUGGAAUGUGGAGACAAGCCUAUCUGGGCUCUCUGGAUGUCUGGAUUUGACUGGGAGUUUUGUGGUUGUCCUCUGAAACCAGGAGGUCUAUAGAGUAGUACUGUGGGGGUGCACUGGUGGAAAUAGGCACGUGUGCACAUUGAGGAAAAGAAAGUAAGUUAUCCUGCAAGGAGCAUCAGGCUUGAGAAGAGGAAGGAUUUGCUUCUAUGCAUUUUAAUGUGCUUUUAUUGUUUCAAAAAAGAAAUUUUAAGUUUUAUAUUUUAUUUCUAUAUGACACACAAAUGGGAGAUGAGCUGAGAUGUACGUUUUGGGAAAGUUUUUAAAACACCGAGGACUGAUGGAACCUUCCUGACACAUCGGCCGGAGGAAAUGAAGAUGAUGGGACGAACUUUGGGAUUUUUUAAUUUUUAAAAUUAAUGUUUUUAUUGAAAAUCCUCGAGGGACUUUUAACGUUUAAUACUGACCUCAUUCCUGUGUAAUAAUUUAUAGGAAAGCAUUGGCAGUGCACCACAGCUGUUGGAUGCUUAGCAUUGGUCAUAAAUCUAUGAGGAAUGUUGACAGAAUACACAUGCGCUUGAAACACAUUUCCAUAAGUUAAAGGGCCAAUCCAAAAAGUUUUCCAGAUGAAGCUCAGUUUAUUCCUCCUUAGCGUCUAUAAACAGUCGUUCUCUGUCUCGCCUGGUGUGGCUCUGGAGGAGCUUUCUGUCCGGUCUGAGAAAAUAACCCUGUGAUGUCAUCAGGGUUACGCCAUGAAGACUACAAGGAAAGAGCAGGAAGUGCAGAGUUUGAUGGACGUGUGUUCAUCAUGUGGGAGGGGUCUAAUGAAAGAGUCACGCAAGCCGUUUCAGAAAUGACCUGCGGGUAAAAGCCGGACGAUUGGCUACGGAGUUGACCCACAGUUUGUCUUUCACUCAGGCACAACACAGCUUGAGGUUCUCUACACAGACACUUUCACUACAGCAUCAAAUCCUCUGCAUUAUUCAGGCGAGAGGUGGAGCAGCUGGGUGCAGCAGGAAGUGACCUAUAAUCUCCGCUGCAUAGAUCACGUGAUCAUAUUUUACUAAAAACAUCACAAACUCUCUGGUAUCACUCGCAGUGGUUAGAGGAUGCGCACCUCCUUUACUCUUUAAAGAAUUACGUACUAGCUGGUUGGACAGUUUUUUUCUGGCAAAACUCAUUGGAAAUUAAUGUUCAGAACCAGAGCUGUUGUAAAAGUGGGCGGGCACUGUGGCGCUCUGUGGUCAGUGGGAAGUGACCGAGUCCUCCUCAGCCUCUCAGAGGGAUCGUGCUGAUUGGCUGAAUCUGCCAGGUUCAGUUCAUAUCCUUAUGACGACGAACCUUAAUGAGUCAGUGGACAUGUUUGUGGACGUGGUCCUUCAUGUCCACUGACUCACGCGUAGUCGUCGUUGGCUGUUUCUAUGGUAACAGUCAAUUGCAUACAAAAGAAUCUGAUCGAUUUCAGAUGGAGAUGAUAUAGCAACUUGUAUAAAUACAUUAUAUGGAAUACUAUAAGUGCAUGUAAAGGCACCGGGUAUUUCCAAACACGAUCGUCUUUAUUGAUAACAUGUGUUUGUUUUUCCUCAUUCCUGUAUAUCAUGUGUUUCUUAAUUCAAGAAGCGAGAUCUUACUAUUUAUAUUUAAAUGCUCGUACACAUGCCUUUAUCGCAUGAAAAUUGAUAAAGCCUUUUAUUUGAAUAAAUCUUGCACAAAUGGUUCCAUGAAAAUUGCUGCUAUUAGCAUUGUAAAUUUACCUGUAAAUGGAUCAAUUGAUUUAUCUCUCACUCUCAGUGUAUCUUUCUGUUUACGAGAUUGGACUUCUAUAUUUGUCUUUUCUUUUUCAAUCCUGAUGGAGAAACUAAUGUCAGCGCUUUGGGUUCAGUGACCAAUAUAUUUUUCAUGCAGAGGUAACCUUUGGAAAACGAGGCACUUUGUACAGUGAGCCUUGAAGAAGUGACGGCUAGAAUAAUAAAAUCCGCUCUGCAUUGAUUUUAAAGGAGGAAUGAAACUCAGAGGUGUGUUAAAGCUGAAGUGUGAGACGAGGACACGGUGUGUCGCCAUCUUCUAGUUAUUGCCUGUGUAUUUAUUACCGGCCUUAAAGCCCCAGGACCCUGGAGUUCUCUGAUUGGUUGGUUACUGUAGGUCUGGUAUGUUAUUGGUUGGCAGGUUUGUGAGGUGCUAUGUAGUUUGGACUUGUUGGUUUAGUUUUUGUUAAAUUGUGGAUCAUAAUAGUUACGUGGUAAAUGAAGAGUGGGAGGAAAGUUUUUGUGUGUGUGUGUGUGUGCGUGUGUUUGGGGGGGGGGGUGCUACAGGCUUUGAUCCAGUUGUGUCAGCGAGUUCUUACCGAGAUGGGAAGCGACCAAUGGCUGCGUCUUUCCUCACGAUACUUGUAGCUGUGGGUGAGAGACGCUCGCCCCCCCCGUCUCUGUGGCCGGUCGUCUUUCCCGUCCUGGUCUCAGCCUGCACACCUGGGUUCGGGGGUUAGAGAUCACUUCAGGCUUCUGGCUUCUUUAUGUUAUUGUGCCUCUGAAACCACGAGACCAUGUAUCUUCCACACACUGUUUUUCAUAUCAGUGCUUCAGUUCAUUUGCACAAACGUCUCCAGAGGGAAUCAAAUAAUUCAUCUCUGGAACAAGUAGGAAGAAAAUAUAACCAGAUUUGUAUCACUCAGAUGUUUUUUAUUUUUCAGCUUUCAUGUCAACAUUGAGGUUUUUCGGAGCAAUAUUCCUUCACCCACUGUUCUACUGCCAGUCAUGUAAAAAGAGGGAAAUCAAUAAUAUUGCAACACAGUAUUUUAAACCAGAGCUCAGCUCAAAUGUAGUGGUCAGAUAACUUCCCGCAUAGCUCUACUUGUCUCAAUGCAGGUGCAGCAUCAUGCAUCAUCAGGUGACGUGUGACACUGACAUCAGAUAGAAACACAUGAUCCACUUCAGUGAUGGUGUCCAACUGUAGAUUAGAGUAAAGCCUUCAGUAUUAUUCAUGUGACUCUCUCCACCAUCAGAGCCACAUUUAGUCAUUUUACUUAUGUGUCCAAGAACUUUCACAGCGUUUUCUGAUCUGAGUUUUUAGCCCCUCACAAUGUUUCGCUUUUUUUUAUUUGACUGUUUUAUUCUUGUUUCUUUCUUUUAUCGUAAGUGCUCCUGUUUUGCUCAGAUUUCGGUUCCAUAUCUUUUGUUGCAUUUGGCCUCGUGCUGCUGCAGCAUCGGGACCUCUGGUUCGGAGCAGCGUGUCUCCUCUCUGCCUUAACGUGGCCUUUAAACUGGAGCCAGACCGGUUUUAGCAGGAAUAAUCCCAACUGCAGAACCCUCAGUGUCCUGUAAGGAUUCAGCGUGAGCGUUCCAAACCCAUAUUAACCCACUUUCCCCACUUUGGUUUGACUAUGAAACAAUAAAGACGUCAAAAACCUACAAUUUAAAAAACCUGGAGUCAUUUGGUCAUAAGAGGGAAGGCCAGUAUGUCGCCCCCUGGUGGCUACUGUCAAACUUUAAAUAUUGCAUCCCUACACUGCCCCCCCCAGCAGCGUGCCUCACAGCGUCUGCCUGCACGGGAUCACAUCAAACCUAUAUUCAAUCUUCCGUUCCUGCCUCCGUAGCGAGUUUCCACCUUGUGACUACCUCUGUCCCUCGUCGCGCUCUGCCAACUUCCUCCCUGAGGCCUUUUAGCUGAUAAAGAGCUGGACCUGCUUCACUUCUCCACUGUCUGCGUCCAGCUCUCUUCCACGCAUUAGCAAUACCCGGCUGCGAGGUGACACGGCACAACCUUUUUACAGCUUUAUUUAUUUUCCAUUGAGAGCUGCGGCUGCUCCUCGUGUUGCAUUUUAAAGACAGUCGUUAACAAUAUUCCUCCCAGGUACCUGCAGCCAUAAUAAACUGAGCUGUGUAAUAAUAGAAGCUGAAGUGGAGGGUUUGGUGCUUUUAAAGUCAGGGAGACAUUCCUGCAAAAAAAAAGAAGCCCUUCCUGUGUCCUGUCACACAUUUACAUCAUCAAAAUGGUUUUAAUGUGGCCUCGGCCUCGUCUACAUUAUCAAUAUAUCUCCAUCAUCCCGACUAAUCGAUAUCUCUCAUCGCUACUGUUGAUUCUGUGGAGCAGGUUUGUGUUGAUGUGUCGUUUGUGCGUGCGAGUGCACCAUCAGAGUGGUAGUUCAGUGUAUGUGUGUGUAUAAAUAUGCGCAUAUUAAGACUUAUAAAAACAACCAUCUGAGCACAAGUUUGGGUUUGUUGAUUAAUUUAAUGGUUUUAUGUAAUUCUAUGCUGCAAUCCAAAGAAUAAUCCUGUGUCAUAAUACAUUUAUCAUUUUCUAUCAUCUGAACAGUAAUCUGGUAAGAAAGAAAUAAACAAAAGGAAGAUUAACAAGA